UAUAUUACAUUGUGCUGUGUGUGUAAAAUUGCUCCUGUAGAUGUAGAUAAACUAUCAGCAGAACCAAGAAGUAGGUUUUGUUCAGAAAAUUGUAGAAAAGAAGCUUAUGCUCUUGGUUUAUUUGAUAGAGAAAAAUGUCGUCAUUGUGGGAUUUCACCAAGAUUGGUUCUUUCAAAUGGUAGAAAAGUUGAUUACUGUGGAAUGACUUGUAGAAAAGAGGCAGAGAAACAAAAAAGUAGUGGACAUUCUAAAUCGUUAUCCUACAAUAAUUCUAGUAAUAAUAAACGUUCUUCGGUAAAUCUUAUGUUGACACCAGACAAACCUGCUUAUCAACCUAAAUCAAAACCAACCCCUCUACUUCAGAAUAAUGGUCCUAGUAUUAAGGCUAGUAAAAGUUAUGAUAAUUUGUUAUCAACCUCUUCACGUCCUACUCCAAAACGGUCACUAAGUCCAACAAAAAGAAAUUCAUUAAAUAGCUAUUCUUCACCAUUUUUAACCGCACCACCACAUCAUAGUUUCCAACCACGUUCACCUCGUAGUAGUCUCUCUUUACGUUCACCAAGUCCAACAAAAAGAAUUAAACCACCGUCUCCAAAAUCGCAUAGUUCACAUAGUAAUCACUCUUCACGUUCACCAACUCCGAUAAAAAGACGUUCAAUCAAUGAUGUUGAUUCUUUGAUUUCAGUCAAACCACCAUCUCCAAAAUCGCAUAGCUCACAUAGUAAUCACUCUUCACGUUCACCAACACCUAUAAAAAGAC